GUCACUGACAGCCGACUGUGGCUCGUCAACACCCCGCGCUGCCCGGACUCCACGAUGUGAACCAAGCUUCCUACAACCAGACAGACCGGCCCGGGUGUCACAUACUCUCCUGCCAGCCGCCGUAAGAAGCGCGUCGGACCUUCUCCUCCCGUGUCGUGUGUCGCCGGGUGAGUACUUGAGCUAACCGGCUUUAGACCGAGCGAGUUCACUCCUGCUAUUGAAGGGAACCACCGUGAAUAUAUUUGAGCACUUUUUACACGUCAGCUGGAACUGAAGGUUCGUGACAUUUGGAAACUACAUUUGGGAUUUUCUGUUCGAAUUAAAGCUGCUCUUUAUCGCAGCUCUCUGGGGGUAAAGUGAAGAGCAUACAAGAAAUACCGGAGAUAUCUGCAACAUCUCAGUCACUUCUCAGUUCAUCAAAAGUCGAUACAUAAAUCCUCGAAUAUAUGCACUGACCUGAUCACUUUCAUGAACGGCUCCUGUUCAGAUCGUCAACUGACGCCUUGUCUCGUGUUUAAACGUUUCUUUUGGCUGUAACUCAAGCUGUUUUUCAUUCAUCGAUCCAUUUCCUGUUUUAUUCUUGCUCUGCCUCUUCCGCUCUUACCAGAAUUACGGACAUUUUCCGUGUAUAUUUUGACUUUCCUCGCCUUUGAGAAGUGACCUGAGAACAGUCCUGCUGGAUGUUUGCUCCCCACACACUCAGCAGACAUCCUCGUUCCCUCUGCGCAUCCUGGAAACACUAACAAUCCAUUUGUGUUUGACCCCUCAACAGGCAGGAGCCCGUCGCAGAAACCGGCCAUACAUUUAGGUGGCUUUAUUUGUGCUGUGUUGGUCCGAAGUGAACUGUGUGUUUUUCGAGGGCAAAGUUCUGAGCAAAGAGAUUUUGACUGAUAUCAACUGGUGGUUGUGCGUGACCUCAGACGUGGUAUGCUGCUGGACGACACGCCGCUUUUCGAUCCGGCUCUUCUGCAUGAGUUGGACUGGAGUAAGAACACGGUGGACUUCUCGCCUCACAUCUCGCCCACGAGGCCCGGCGACGGCCUGGUGCUGAGGCCGCUGUGCACCGCGGACUACAACAGAGGGUUCUUCAAGGUUCUCUCCCAGCUGACGCAGACGGGCGACGUCACAGUUGAGCAGUUUUACAAAAAAUACGAGCACAUGAAGGAAUGUGGGGAUUAUUUUGUGGUGGUGGUGGAGGACGUAAACAUGGGGGAAAUUGUUGCCACGGCGACGCUGAUCACCGAGCACAAAUUCAUUCACUCUUGUGCAAAGAGGGGACGAGUGGAGGAGGUGGUGGUCAUUGACCAGUGCAGAGGGAAACAGCUGGGGAAACUGUUGGUCUCCACCCUCACCCUCCUCAGUGACAAACUCGACUGCUAUAAAAUCACGCUGGAUUGCUCCCCCAAAAAUGUGGCCUUCUACCAGAAGUUUGGCUACUCUGCUUCAGGGGAGACCAACAUGCAGCGUCGCUUCCAUGACUGAGAGAGACCUCACUGACUCUCAUGGUCGGGCAAGCAGGAAGUUGACAAACGGUAACCAGCAGAGGGCGCUGCGUCUCCUGCACGAAUGAAGGAUCUCUGAACUUGCCAGACCCCUUCAAUUCUUUCGACGACUUGACUCUGCCUGCGCCACCGAUCGACGUGUCACAUGACCUGAAGCAAUGAAAUCAUUUGCAAAAAAAAAAAAAGUCUCAAUAUUUGAAGUUAGAUUGCUAUUCAUGCUUGCUGGGAUACAAUAUAUAUACAUUAAAGUUUUUGUAGGUGGGGCAGGGGAAAUAUUUAAAGUAAUUUAUUCUACUUAUGCAACACUACAAUAAAUACCAUGGAAUCCAGUGCUGGCGUUUUAUACCUUUUG